AUGGUGGUUGCCACAUUCAUAACGGCAGGUGCCUCGGUCACCGCCAGCCUCUUCAUCUUCCACAUCGCAGUCCUGCCGCUGCUCUUCAAAUACAGCAAAUUCAUCCAAAGGAAAAUUGUCUUCUCCAACUGUGUUAACUACCCCAGAUGUGUCGACUACGAGAACCCUUCCAAAUGUAACAUUAUCGGCGGUAGAAAUUUUCAAGUGGAGUUCUUUUCUGAAGCCGCCAAUCGCCCGGUCAAGAUUGGUGCUUGGCAACUGAUUCCCUAUUCGUUAUGUCCAUGCAGUUGUCAAGUUAAAAUCAAGCCGAAUUGCAAUGUACAAACUCUGCAGCAAAAUGAAACUCCUAUCGUUCUAUACUGUCAUGGGAACUCCAACCAUAGGGCAUCGCCCCACAGACUGUUAAUGUACCAAGUAUUUCAAAGCUUAAACUUUCAUGUCAUCACUUUUGACUAUCGGGGCUAUGGGGAUUCCACGCGCAUUCGACCGACAGAGGCCGGUGUUGUAGAAGACGCGUUCCACAUGUACGCAUGGAUAAUGGAAAAUAUAAAGGAAAACAAGCCGAAAGUGUUGAUCUGGGGACACUCGCUCGGCACAGCCGUGGCGUCGAACCUAGUUGCAAACUUGGAUAAACUAAGCGAACGGUUUAAGAAGAAACUUGUGCCGCUGCCGUACGCAUUGAUUCUGGAAGCCGCCUUCAACAAUCUGUGCGACGAAAUCGCGCAGCAUCCUUUGUCGAAACUCGUUUCUUGGUUGCCGUAUUACAAGGGUACUUUUCUGAAGCCUUUUCAAGAUUCGCCGGAAUAUGCGUUUCGAACAGAUCAGCAUUUAAAGUCGGUUCCCGAGCUGCCGAUAUUGCUUAUACACGCUAAAGGGGAUAAGAUAGUUCCGUAUGAGUUGGCGACUAGAUUGCACUGGGAUAUAAAGGAGUCGCGGUUAGAAGGCGGAGCACCUAUCAUGUUGCACCCCUUUAGUCGCGGACAAGGCCUGGGUCAUAAUAAUAUUUGUGAAGCCGAAAGUUUACCUCAAGUUGUUACAAAGUUCAUGAAUGUUGUUGAAACUUACCAUUCUAACAAACCGUCAGAAACCAUCGAACGUGAAGAUAUUUCAUAA